AUGGCCAAGCACAGACACCAUUCACGAAUGCAGGGCAUUGGCGUUGCGCAGUCCGUUUGUGCUGGCAUGCUUACCAUCGAAAGCACUGACACAUGGCUCAUCGGAUUUAUUUCCUUCCUUAUGCCACGAAUUUCGGCAAGGAUUCGCGCAACCGUAUUGCCCACUCACACAUCUCUUGGCGUGAUAAUCUUCGUUUUCGCUAUAGCCUCAGUUUGUACGGGAAUCACCGAAAAGAAUUUCUUUGCAGGAGAGUAA